AUGGACAUGUAGACAUGGACCGGCGUGUGCAGGUGUCCCAGCCUCACUUCCUGUGCAGCCCAGGCUCACUGUGUGACGUAAACGUGAGCGGCCUGACAGCCUCGAGCGUUCAGUCGCAGUCACACGUCUGAACGCUGUCGCGGAGCUUCAACAUGUCUGUGGAGUUCGGAGGCAACAUUGUGGUGACGGGGGCCAACCGAGGGAUUGGACUGGAGCUGGUCAGACAGCUGGUGCAGGACUCUGACCAUGUCUACGCCUGCUGCAGAGAGCCCGAGGGCCCCAGGGCCGAGGCGCUGAGGGCGCUCGCUGCUUGCCAUCCUGGAAAGAUCAGUCUAAUCAGACUCAACGUGACUGAUGAAGACAGUGUCUAUGCUGCCAUCCACACCGUCAGCGAGCAGGUCGGCACCGCCGGUUUGAAUCUCCUCAUCAACAAUGCCGCUAUCAACGCUCCGCCUUCGCCUGCAACGUUGUCGUCCACCAGUAAGAAAGACAUGAUGGACGUCUUUGAGACCAACGUGACCGGACCGUUUCUCCUGGCAAAGAUGUGUCUUCCACUCCUCCAGAGGGCAGCAGAGAACCAGUCAUCUGGAAAAGGUGAUGAGAUGUCCUGCAAGAGGUCGGCCAUCAUCAACGUCUCCACUUUGAUAUCGUCCAUUGAGAACUGUCCAGAGACGUUCCACAUGGCCCAGAUGUACCCUUACAGGGUCAGCAAGGCGGCGCUGAACAUGCUGACUCGCUGUCUGGCUGUAGACUACAGUAAACACAGCAUCCUGGUCACAGGGAUCCACCCUGGGUGGGUCCGCACCGACAUGGGGGGACAGGAGGCUCCUCUGUCCGCGCACGACAGCGUGCGCAAGAUGCUCGCUGUGAUGUCAUCACUCCGCAACAAAGACAGCGGGCUGCUUCUGUCCUGGGAAGGUACAAGAAUCCCCUGGUAACCAGUGAUGUUACCAUGGCAACGUCUGGAAAUCAAAUAUGUGGUAUUUUUUUCUGAUUACUGGGAAAAUGUUAAAUUUUAAAUUAAACUGCAAUGACUUUUUGCUGUGGCUCCGCCCUGAUGGCGGCAAGAUUGUAUGUUUGCUUUGACAGAAACUUGAUUUAUAUAGAAUUAUUAUUAUUAUCAUUCUUGUUUUGUUUUUUUUGUUUUGUUUUUUAAUGAUUCCUCACUGUAGUUGUUUGGCUGGUUUUGACAUUUUGAAAUUUUCAAAGAUCUGAUUCAGAACAAAUCAAAAUAUUUUAUUAAAGGUAGAGCCUGAAUUCUAGAAUUCUUUCAUCUUUAUGGCAUCAUUUUAGAUAUUUUUCUGUCAUGCUGAUGCGAGGAGGCGUGUCUUAUUCAGCUUAAUUUCACAACCGGCUGGUACAGAGAUUUAAAACCUGUUUGUGUGUCUGUCUGUCCUGAGCUCGAUCUCAGUGGAUUUCCUUCACUUGAAACAGAAUCUAAUUUUGGAGAGACGCUGCGCUGCUGUUAGACAUAAAACUGAUUUUUUUUUCAGAUGUUUCUUUGGUGGAUUUUAUUGUUUUGCGUCUUGUGAGAACUGUGAUGUUGUCAGUCAUUGUGUUGUGUAAAUCUUGCAAACCCACUCAGUGGACUUUCACGUCCUGUAACUUUAUUCUGAAACCUCCUUUUCUGAUUGUUGUCGGAGAAAACAAACCAGCAGCUGUAAGUCCUCAUUUUCACCGUACGUCCUCUUUCGUGCUCAUUAUUCGCACUGACCCUCAGAACUCCAGCAGACGUGUCGGGUCACCUGGUGCUGGUUUUGUUACGUGAUCUGGAUUUGACACAACAGUGAUGAGAUUUAAAGGUCAACUUCUGCUUUGUGGCUUUUUGAAUGGAUGGUUUCAG